ACUGACCUGUGCGUUAAUUCUGCAUUUUGUGCUUUUCUAGGUCUCCAGAGAGAGCCCAACCCCUGUCCAGGAAUAACUGUAGAGCACUUUAAAGAGUCGACGGGUGUUAAAGGUCUUCCCCUGUAUCCAGACCCCUCCAGGGCACCUGGCACAAAAACUCAGAACAACUUAGAAUCCGACUUCUUGGCCAGAGAUGGUCCCUCAAGCAACAGCUCAUUCCAUAGCAGUGAAGAGGAAGGGACUGACCUUGAGGGGGACAUGCUGGACUGCAGUGGGUCUCGACCUCUCCUCAUGGAAUCUGAAGAAGAGGAUGAAAGCUGUAAGCCUCCCCAGGGGAAGCUGGGAGGAGCCAUUCCAUUCACUCAGCCAGAAGUCUCUACUGAGCCAACAAAGGCAGUACAAGAUGGGAGAAAGAACCAGUUCCAAGCCCUCACACAACCAACCACUGACGGUCUCAGUGAGCCAGAUGUUUUCACCACAGCCCCAUUUAGGAGCUCGAGGGUUCCAGCUGAUGAUGUGGACAUUUUCUCCAAAGCCCCGUUUGUCUCCAAGGGCAGUGUGGCUUCUCCCCAGCCAGAGGAGGCAGACGUGUUCUUGAGAGCUCCUUUUACCAAGAAGAAAAGCACGGAGGAGCUAAUAGUUGCCCAGAGCACAUCCCAGGAGUUGCCUACACAGGCUAGUCUCCUCAGUCAGACAGGUGAUGUCCCGACAGGCAUUAGCCCUCUGCUCUCUAGCCUUGAUAGAGCAGUGUACCCCUGUGUCCGAGCUCAGUAUUCCAUGGCUAGUUUUGUCCAACACCCUAACCUCCCCUCCCAUUCUGUACAAGCAGCUGACCAUCUUGAAAGCAUUUCUCCCAGGGGAUUCUCCCUGGAACCUGGGGGCCAUCCUAACGACAGAAACAAAGGACCUCAGCCCCAGAAAGAAGCGGUCUCAGGCCCUGUGGCUGGCAAACCAUUCCUACCCCCAUCUUUGUCCAAAUAUUCCCGUCACUAUAGCCCAGAAGAUGAGCCAAAUCCAGAAGCCCAACCCAUUGCUGCCUACAAAAUUGUCUCGCAAACCAACAAGCAGUCGAUAGCUGGCUCUGUUUCGAUCACAUCCCUUUCCUCCAGGACUACGGAGUUGCUAGCUGCUGAUCCUUUUGCUUUAGCACCCUUUCCUUCAAAAUCAGGCAAACAGAAACCUUAGGAGCAAUACCUGAGCCUUCGGCCUCUGUCUCCACCCCACCCCUGUACCUGCCUCACCACUUUCAGCUGAGCCUUCUCAAGAAGAAAUAUAUCAUUACUAUCUUCCAGUUCCCUGCUGUCAGAGCAGAACUUCUUCAGUUAACAAACUCAGUUGCUGUGAUGUUUAGUUGAAACCCCUUUAAAUUAUGCUCAUUUCUUCUGUUUAUAUUAAUUUCUGGACUUCUAGACAUUUGCAUCUCCUUCAUAGAGGCCUUCAUCUCCACCCAGCACCCACCCUGUGUUUUGCCCUGCAACUGCUGAGGUCGAGAAAUACUUCACCCCAGUCCCAAAGGGCCCAUAUUAUUGUUUAUUUUAACUCCUGCAGUUCCUGUUCUGAGUCAUGUCCAUUGAGGAAUCAAGAUUAGUCCCUCCAGGACUGAUGUAAUACUCUUGGAAAGAAGCACCAGGUAAAAAUCCUGCACAUCAAGAGGAAGCGUAAUCCUGAGGAUACUAAUCAUUCCUGUAAAACCAGCAGCUCUCUGUUUGAGUCUGUGUGCAAGCCAGGCUGUUCCUUGCGCAUGAGUGUGUCUGUGGGUGUGUAAUGUACAUCAUGUCCAUUCCUACGUAGAAGUGCACACAGGUUCAGCAUCCAUGCUCAUGUCUAAUGGUGUUAGCAGAGUCUUCCUCACAUCCAUACUUUUAAAGUUAGUAUGAGUGUAUAGAGGUGUGUUUGUGCAUGUGCAUGCAUGUGUGCCCAGGAAACAUUUUUCCUUUAGGUGAGUCCUGUUCCACCAUGCCUACCUCCACAAUCAAAUCCCUCAUUUACUGGCAUUUGUCUGCUGACCUAAUUGACUUGAACCCAAUUUUUGUUCAGUUCUUUUUUCAUUGUAAAAUUGGAUUCAUUGGAAGGUGUAGGAAAAUCCUGACUGGACUGAGGUUUCAGAGUGGAUUUAAUUCUCAGUAUUCCUAUUUGCUGUUAACAAAUUCCAUUUACCUGGUUAAAAACAAUUAUUAUUCCUAUACAUUUUCCCAUCAGAACAAUAGAAAAGAUCUCCUUAUUACAGUUCCAAUCAUUAGGUAUGUAGUCUUAGUAACAAAAAAGUGCUCAAUGCUAUCGUUAUGGAAUGCAUUAAUCAUGAGACCAGGCUGCAAAUAGAAUUGCUUGUUGUUGUUUUUUUUAAAUCCUUGCUAUCUUUCUCUACUGCCUCUUGAGGAGGGAUAAAUCUGAGACGUGUAAAUAAGUUUGUCUAGGAGAAUGGAAAAGAGCUGAAUCAGCUAGCCGUGAAAUUUCUUAAAUUAUCCUCUUUAGAUGUUGAAGUAGGCCAGAUAGGUGACUGACUUGUGUUUUUGAAAAUAUUUUUGGAAAGAUCUGACCUAUUAUUAGCUUUUUUCCUACCUUUAUUAGUGCCUUAAGAUAAAGCCUGUGUCUCAAUGGGAAGAUUUCUGCUGAGGAAGUCAGCUUCAUGUAAAGAGUUGCUCGAGGUUUCAACUUGAAAGCUUUGUGUGACUUCUAGUAAAUGUUAGUGAUGUCUCCAUUAGCUGGAGAGUUAUUUACCAAACCAGAUUAAUGUUUUAAGAAUUAUUGGAAAUAUAUCCAAGAAUCAAGCCUAAAUGCCAAACUCCCUUGCAGCUGGUUAGGUGAGAUAUUCUUUAAAUUUGAACAUCAAGGAUCUUGGGAGUAAAAUAUGAACAAUUGCUUUUCAAGACUUUCUAAUUUAGUCUCCACUUAUUUCAAAUAUCCAGGUUAAAAGAUGAAUAAUUGGCACUGUAGCAGGGCUACCGGCCAUGGUUUUCCAACCAAGGUCUCAGUUGUUCCAGAAACUUAACUUUUACUUUGGUGGAUGCUAAAUAUUCGUUCUGAAGGUUCGCAUCCUCCCAAAUACCAUUUCUGAUUUUCGUUUGUACCAAUGGAUGCAAAACCAUCCUUCCAGCUGAAAAAUGUUUUUGGCCAAUACAUAUGAAACUUUGCAUCCAGAACUUUUCCAUGGUCAUUGUCAAUGAAACCUAAAGGCAAGAGCUAAGAGGAUAGUAAUGUUCAGGGGGAGUUCUCACCCCAAAUCAGAAAAUCUUACAAAGUGGAAGGUCUUCCUAACUCACUCUUCCAAAUGUUCAGGAUUACCUCUGUAACAGUCCUGCAAAAUGCGUUUCCUUUGGUGGUUUGAUCACUCCCUCCUAACCACAUGCCCAUUUUAAUUCUCAAGGUACAAAACAAAAUAAAAAUCAUGGUGAUUUUAUUAUGUAGUUGAAUCAUUAGUCAAGCAUGAGCUUAUAACCGUUUUUAUUUUCACCAGAGACUUGUGAUGGGUGGAGACUCCACAAAUACUUUAUUUGAAUAAGGAAAUGAAAUGUAAACACGUGCAAAUUACUUUUGUUUGUUUUUUUUUCCUUACUGAAUGAUGCAUGAAAAAUUUUUAUGACUUGGAUUACGUUUAUUAUUAACUAAUAACUGAUGAAUUUUGUGGAAAUGUACUACAAUAGGGUUUUAUGCCCUUUCUACUGACUUUCUUUGGAUCAUGUAGAGUAAAUUUUCAUUUAAAGAUAGUAUGUUCUUGCCAGAGGCAAUCCUGAAUCUGGACAGUUCAGUUUUAAGGAAAAUCAAGAGUACUCAGGGUGUUUUGAAUUAGCAAAUGCAUGUUUCCAACAACUAUACUGCGACAGGUUAAAAUUAAAGAGAAAAUAUAUAGUCAGCAAAAUACUGUACUUUUUUGCUUUAUGUGCCAUUUGCAUUACACAUCUGAUACGGAAUGUAGGAACUUAUGUAGUGACCUUUCAUUUCAGUGAAAAGCAGUGAACCAGAAUAUAUUUAGACACAAAGCAUUGAGCCGCAACCUGCACUAGUGAAUUCUUAAAGAAUCUAUGUUAAUUGACUAGUGGGCACCAUUGAAUUUAUGAAGUUAUCUUGUGUUUGUUGAAAAUUAUUUAACGUAACUGUUUCUCGGGCUUACAUAUAACCCUUUAGCUCCAAAUCCUUGGUUAGAUUGGAAAAUGGAAUGAACAAAAUUUGAUGCUGAAGCAGAUGCUGGACAGGACCUAAGGGAGUCUGAAUCCUGUUUCGUUGCGGGCCCACUCAUUGUUGAGUUGGAAAUUUCCCAUGUGUAGACUGAUGACACAACAGCUCGGCUGCUGACCGAAAAGUUGGUGGUUCUCCAUGGGAAGAAGACCUGGCAAUCUGCUCCUGGAAAGACUACAGCCUAGGAAACACUGUGGGACAGUUCUACUCUGUCACAUAGGCUUGCUAGAAGUCAAAAUCAACUCGACGGCACACAGCAACAACAACGGACUAGUGUGUGUGUGUUUACAUUUUCACGUUAGGUCUGAGUUUAAUCUGGCAACCAAGAUCUCUUUCUAAACUUUGAAGAAAGAUACUGGCUUCUUACUGACCCAUUAAUUUUUUUAUAAGUUUUAGAGUGUGUGUAUCUCAGCGUUUUCAGCUACUUGGUGGGCAUUUCACUGACUCAUAAGGAAAGUAGCAGAUUUCAGUUUUAAGCAUAAUAACUGAAGUGAUCUGACAGUAAAAUUCAAUCAUGCAGUAUUUGCUUCCAUCAAGAAAAAUAACCAAAACAUGUAUCAUUACAUAAUAUGUAUGUAUUAUGUCAAAUAGGAAAUGUUAUUAUAGGAAACUAGAGAAGGGUGAAAUCCAGCUCACUCUCUGGCAUAAAGGAUACAACAUAAAGUGGAGUCACUUGGAUCCUUUCAAUAAAGAAGUUAUUCUCUGCUGUGUCCUUGAAAUUGGAGAGCACAUAGCUGCCAGUUCUGUGAAAGGGCUGUUGGCCACACAGAUGUAGUUUUACCUGAGAGAUUUGGAACCCCAAUUACUUUGAUGAAAGGUGCAUAGGACAGCUGCUGACAAGACCAGCCUCUAAGGAGACAAGGCACAUUGUUAAUGUCCAUACCUGCCCCUGAGUUCUAAUCCUCCAAGCCUGCCUGAAGGAGUAAAUACUGAAGAUUUUAAAUGGAAUUAUAUAAGUUAAACUCAUUUUUCCCAGUGUUUUAUCAACUACUACUUAGUUUUAUUUUUUUUAACCACCAGAGUACUUGCAGUGUUUUUACUGAAAAAUUCAUUUAAGGAAGAGUUUCUAAAUGGUUGAAAAUGAAAAGUAAUACCUGGUUGAGAAUUGUUUUUGUGUUCUUUUACUAUAAAACAAAUAUUGCUUCAUCUACUCAAUUGAGCAGUCAGACUGUUAGCUCUCAUAGCAUCAACUGUGCGGAAUUUCAACUGACACUUCUUGAUUCCCAGAAUGCCACUGUGCUCUGUGGCAUCUCUGUCCUACCCUGCCUCAUUUACUGUUUGGUCUUUGUUAGGAAACAGGCCCCCUACAUGUGGUGCCCAAGGUCUCUUCAUUAAAACACUGUCAGGCAUGGCUCUUUCCGGCUUUUUCUUGACCCCUGGAAGUCUUCUCAGCUAACCUUCCUUGUUCCUGUUCCCACUUCAUUUCCUCACUUGACAUUCCCCUGUUAUGACCAUACCACUAAGGUGGAUGAUUAAGGGUUUGAUGGAAUGAUCAUGUUAACUUUCAUUUGCCUCCCUGUUUUCUGUACGCAGUUUCUUCUUAAGUUUCAGCCCAGCCUAUGACAAUCUCACCACACUGGAAUAAUUCCAAAUAAGAAUGCAAUGGCUCACCUUCCCUAUUCCUUGUGGACUAGAAGAAAGGAUGAUGGAAGGUUGGCAGCACCCCAGCCUUACUCUGUGGAGACACAAUCCAGAGGCAGCAGUUCACCUUGUUCUUUACACAGGUCUGGAGGACCCCAGGACAGAGGGGCAAGUUUGAAGGGGCUUGGUAAUACCUGGUAAAAAUGGCUAAAUAUUAACCAGCACCCUGAUGGCUUGGUCCAGUAUCCCCAUGAUUUAUAAUUCCAUAAGAACUUCAGUCAGCCCUAUACCCCAGCAGUGUCUUAAGUAUGCAUGGCACAGUUUUGAGCUUAUGGUAACAAGGUUUUCUUUUUUUUUUUUGGUAACAAGGUUUCUUAAAAUCAAGUCAAUGUUAUCUGCAUUGUCUUUUAAUAGAACCAUAUUUACAUGUUAAAGGGACCUGCUUAAUUUCUUUUGGCAAGGAAUUACAGAAUGGUUUUUACUAAUGUCAGUUAAAGUAGGGGGCACAGAUCUUGGGGGUGAGGGAGGGACAAUGCAGCCUUUUCACUCUGAAGUGGCAAGUUGGUUGUACUCUCUGAGUCUACCAAAGACUCCUGCUUGAGGAGUGAAUGGAGAGUGUGUGUGUGCAUGUGUGCCCUUGUGCGUGUGCAUCCUCCUGCUUUCUUUCCAUGGUAUUAACUCAAGACCUCUGAAUAAAGGCGUCCAAAGAAUACCAAAAGUUGAUAGUAGGUACUUGGCAUGAAUAAAUUCGGUUCCCUCUGCUGACAACUCUCCAAGUUAGAACUGGAGUUGUUCUCAAUGAAGGUGGGGAAAAAUCGGCCAUUGCCUUAGCCUCGUUUCCACAGUAAGCAUGCUUUUCUCAUCCAUAAGGAUGAAACUUAAUAGGGCUUGUCCUGAACCCUUGGCUCACGUGUGGUGUUGGGAGGGCAGUAGUGACCAGAACACCACAAGGCCUGCAAGAUGUUACUUUGAAUGAGGAAACAUUUAAAGUUGUUCAGGGAUGGAAACCAAAUGAUAAAGGCCAAGGACCAUAAUCAUUUCAUGGAGAAGAGAUGAACUCCCUCUGCUGACUGUUUUGACUGAGGAGGUUAACCCAACUGUAAGGAGUAUUGAGGUCAUCAGGCCUCAGAAAACAAUGUGUGCACGCAAUCUCAAGGGCUGUGAACAAGGGAAAGGAAGGGAAAAAGACAUUUUAAAAGUCAAUCUUAACAGUUUUUGCAUACCUCUUAUUUGCAGACUAUUGGAUUUACGUUCAUUGCACUCUUGGUGUGAUCUAUCUUAUGUAUCUGAUAGUUUUUAUGAAUAAUUGAGUUGUAAACUCCUAUACACUUUAUUAAAAUGAACCUAA